CACUUAGCGGUGACGCAGUCUCUGUGCGCCGAGUUGGGGAGGCAGACAUGGCGGCGGUGGACAGUAGAGAUAACCUCCUGGGGAUCUCAUGGGUGGACAGUGCUUGGAUUCCAAUAUUAAAUCCGGGAAAUGUGCUUGACUACUUCUCCGAAAGAAGCAACCCUUUUUAUGAUCGCACUUGCAACAAUGAGGUGGUCAAAAUGCAGCGGCUUAGCUUGGAACAUUUGCACAAUAUGACCGGCUUGGAAUACAUUCUACUACAUGCCCAGGAGCCCAUACUGUAUAUUAUUCGAAAGCAGCAUAGGUACUCUCCAACACAAGUUACUCCUUUGGCUGACUAUUAUAUAAUUGCUGGAGUGGUGUAUCAGGCGCCUGAUUUGGGAUCAGUAAUAAACUCUAGAAUGCUGACAGCAGUGCAUGCAGUCCAGUCUGCCUUUGAUGAAGCCAUGUCUUACUGCCGAUACCAUCCCUCCAAAGGAUAUUGGUGGCAUUUCAAGGAUCAAGAGGAGAGGGAUAAAGUCAAACCAAAGUCAAAGAAGAAGGAGGAGCCAAGUUCAAUAUUCCAGCGCCAGAGAGUGGACAUGCUAUUGCUCGAUAUUCGGCAAAAAUUCCAGCCCAAGUAUAUUCAGCCCAAAUCUGGAGACAAACCUGUGCCAGUGGAGCAGGUGAAAAAAGAAUCAGAACCAACAACUGAAACCGUCAAACAGGAGGAAAAAGACUCUACAAAGAACUCGCAGCAGAGCUCGGGCACCAAGGCGCCCCCUGAGAAACGAAUGAGACUACAGUAAAGAGUGAUGAAUGUCUAUCACACUGAGAUUGAGUCACCAACUGUGUGUCUGAAUUCUUGUGGGCCCCAUAACUUGUAUUUUAUUUUGUACAGAAGCAAUUAUUUUUGUGCUUUUUUUUAUAACCCCCCCACCCCCGAACAUGAAAUGGGUACAUCCUCGAAGAGAAGCUUAACCUUUUCAGACCUUCAAUCUUCUUCCACUUCCAAAUAAUCAUCAAUUCUUGUUGCUCCAGACAUUAUUUCCUGCAGGCUAUCCUGCCCUGGUGUUUAUGAAGAGGAAGCGGUAAAAAGAUGCAAACCUAUCAUUUUAACAGAUACAGUAUAAAAAGCUUAGACUGAGCACUCAGAAAGAUACUGAGGAAAUGAGUUUCAGAAGCUAUCCGACAGAAGGAUGCAUCAUAGCCCCAGACCAAUCCUGUUCCCA